GUUGUUCAGGCAAACGUGUAUCCCGCACGUGCACCUUCCAGUGUCUCUAGGAAGACCACACUCUGGCAGGAGCCUCCUGAGCCCCCUGGUUCAUAUACCACCCCCCGCCCCCCCCCCCAGGGUGACCACUAGCCAGAAUUCCUUGCUUUUCCUUACAGUUUUGCCGCCAAACAUAUGUAUCAUUAAACCGUACUUUGUGCCUUUGGGCUUGUUUUGGUACUUUAUGUUAAGUAGAAUCAUGCAUUUGUGUUCUGCACUUUUUUCCUUCAACAGUUAUGUUUUAGAGAUUGAUGCAUGUUAGUACCCGUAACUGGGGUUUGUUAAUUUUCAUUACUGUACUCUUCCCUAGGAUGACUCAUAACCACAGUGUAUCAGUUCUGCUGUUUCUAGUAUUUUGCUCUUCAAUACAACAUGGUUAUGCCUAUUCUUGCCGUAUGGCCCGGUGCACGUACACAAGACUCGCUAUUUUAGAGCAGGCAUUUUGAAGCUGAACGGCUGGCCCACAGAGGAAGCAUGAUUUCUUCCCUAACAAGGUGAUACCAGAAUGUUUUCCCACGUGGUCUUACCACUUGCCCUGCCACUGGCAGGGUAUUAACAGUUCCCAUUACUCUGCAUCCUUGCCAACAGUUGAUGUAUUUUAUUAUUGGAUUCUGGCGUUUAUGAGAUGGUAUUUCAUUGUGGCUUUAGCUUUGCAUUUCCCUGAUAACGCUGAACAUCUUUUCAUGUGUUCACGGGUCAUUUGAGUUUCCUCUUCUGCCAAACGUUCAGGUAUUUUGCUUAUUUCUCUGUUAGGUUGUUUUAUUUAUUUAUUGUUACUGAUUUGUAGGCAUUCUUUAUGUAUUUCGGAUACUAGUCGUCUGGUGAUAUGUAUUGCAAAAUCACCCAGAUUUGGCUUUUCUUUUUGCUCUCUUUCCGGGGUCUUUUGGUUAACUGAAGUUUGGAAGUUUAACAUGGUUGACUAUCACUCUUUUUCUUUUCUGGUUUGUGCUUUUUGUGUCUUAUUUAAGAAACCUGUUUCUACUCUGAGGUCAUAAAGAUACUCUCCUGUAUUAGCUCCUGAAAGUUUUAGAGUGUGCUUUUCACACCCCGCUUCUUUAAUUCCACCUGGACGUGAAGCUGAGGAUGUGUGGGGAUCCAGUUCUUUUUUUCCUUUAUAACUUGUCAGUUGUCCCUGCUUCAUUUUUUGGAGAGUCCAUUCUUUCCACGGUGGUUUGAAUGCUCACUCAUCACCUAUCAGGUUCUCACAUAUGUGUUGGUCUCUUUCUAGCCUCUGUCUUCUUUCUCUACGUAUUUAAGUAGUCCUUUGGAGCUUAUAAAAGGGCCAAGCAGUCAGAACUGUGCCUGGCCACUGCUGUGUCGCUGGGGCCUAGAGUAGUAGGAGGCAGGUAAGUGAGUUGAGUGAAUAAACAGCCUUAGAUUGUUCUGGUCAAACCUUUGCUGACACAGAAAAUCUUAGGACAGAUGAUUUUCUGUUCUGUGUGCGUCACCCCUUCCAACAACGUGGCCACUUCUUUGAGUCCUGUUACAUAAUUGGACAGCUCUGUUUACUGGAGUUUUUAAAAAAUUGAGCCCAAAUCUGUCUCCCUGAAACGUUUGCUCGCUUUUGGAGGUGAUUGUUGCUCCAGUGCACAGAAUUAAGAAUCUGGCUUCUACUUGGAUGGUUAAAGAACUCUUUUCUUCCCUGGGAGUUGACUGUAAUAUCUUGGAACUUGAUCAAGUUGAUGAUGGGGCCAGUGUUCAAGAGGUGCUGUCGGAGAUCACUAAUCAGAGGACCGUGCCCAAUAUCUUUGUGAAUAAAGUGCACGUGGGCGGAUGUGACCGAACUUUCCAGGCACAUCAGAGUGGUUUAUUACAGAAGCUCCUUCAGGAAGAUCCAGCGUAUGAUUACGACCUCAUUGUCAUCGGUGGUGGCUCUGGCGGCCUUUCGUGUGCUCAGGAAGCUGCCGCUUUGGGGAGGAGAGUCAUGGUGCUGGACCUCGUGGUCCCGUCGCCCCAGGGCACGUCGUGGGGUCUCGGUGGUACUUGUGUGAACGUCGGCUGCAUACCGAAGCAGUUGAUGCACCAGGCCGCCCUUUUGGGCCAGGCGCUGGCUGACUCGAGGAGGUUUGGCUGGGAGUGCGCUCAGCAAGUGAAGCACAACUGGGAGACCAUGACCGAGGCCAUUCAGAAGCACGUCGGCUCUCUGAACUGGAGCUACCAGCGGGCUCUGAGGGAGAAGGCGGUGGCCUACGUCAACUCCUACGGGGAAUUUGUUGAACACCAUAAAAUCAAGGCAACCAAUGGAAAAGGACAGGAAACGUGUUAUACUGCAGCAAAAUUUGUCAUAGCAACAGGGGAAAGGCCGCGCUACUUGGGAAUCCGAGGAGAUAAAGAGUACUGUAUCACUAGCGAUGACCUCUUCUCUCUGCCCUACUGCCCGGGCGCGACCCUGGUGGUGGGCGCAUCCUCCGUGGCGCUGGAGUGCGCAGGCUUCCUGGCCGGCCUGGGCCUGGAGGUCACGGUCAUGGUGCGCUCGCAGCUCCUGCGGGGCUUCGACCAGGAGAUGGCCGAGAAGGUGGCUUCCUCCAUGCAGCAGCUCGGCGUCCGAUUCCUGCGCAAGUUCGUGCCCGUGGAGGUUCAGCAGUUGGAGAAGGGGUCACCCGGGAAGCUGAAGGUCGUGGCUAAAUCCACGGAAGGGACAGAGAUGAUUGAGGGCCUUUACAACACGGUUUUGUUAGCAAUUGGUCGUGACUCCUGUACGAAGAAAAUCGGGCUGGAGAAGAUUGGUGUCAAAGUCAAUGAGAAGACUGGCAAAAUCCCAGUGAACGACGUGGAGCAGAGCAGCGUGCCCUAUGUCUACGCCGUCGGGGACGUCGUGGAGGGUAAGCCUGAGCUCACGCCCGUCGCCGUGCAGGCGGGCAGGCUGCUGGCUCGAAGGCUUUUUGGGGGCCGUUUAGAAAAGUGUGACUAUAUCAAUGCCCCCACCGUGGUGUUCACGCCCCUGGAGUACGGCUGCUGCGGGUACGCGGAGGAGAAAGCCGUGGAAGUGUACCGGAAGGAGAAUCUGGAGGGCGAGUCAGUAAGUGAAGCCGAGCACGGAGAGUCGCGUGAGAGCAGCGAGAGCGUGUUGUGCAGAAGCACGGGGGCGACCGACCGCGCGCGCAGGACGUGCAGGUCUACCACACUUUGUUCUGGCCUCUCGAGUGGACAGUGGCCUGCAGAGACAGCAACACCUGUUACGCGAAGAUUAUCUGCAGCAAAUUCGACAAUCCUCUUCACCAGGAGUAGAUUCCGUGUUAAGAAACCACUCUCUUUGCUCAUCCAUAAGAAGCGGCCCCUCAUCCGUUCCCAAGUUUCAUCGCAAGAUGGCAGCAAUUCAGUCCCAUCUUCAGGCUCCACUUCUAGUUCUGGUUCCCCUGCCGUUCCCACCACGUCUGCAGUCCUUCCUCCAUGAAGUCUCGAACCCCUCAAAGUCAUCCAGGAGGGCUGGAAUCAGCUUCUUCCAAACUCCUCUUCAUUUGGAUAUUCUGACCUCUUCCCAUGAAUCACAAGUGUUCUCUUUUUUUUUCUCUUAAUUUUUAUUGGCCACGCCACGCGCGUGAGGCACGUGGGAUCUUAGUUCCCCGACCAGGGAUCGAACCCGCGCCCCCUGCACUGGAAGCACGCAGUCCUAACCACCGGACCGCCAGGGAAGUCCCGCAAAUGUUCUUAAUGGCAUCUAGAAUGGUGAAUCCUUUCCAGAAGGUUUUCAAUUUACUUUGCCCAAAUCCAUCAGAGGAAUCACUGUCUAUGGCAGCUACAACCUAACAAAGUGUAUUUCUUAAGACUUGAAAAUCCAAAUUACUUCUUGAUCUAUGGGCUGCAGAAAGGAUGUUGUGUUGUCAGGCAUGAAAACAACAUUAAUCCCAUUGUCCAUCUCCAUCAGAGCUCUUGGGUGACCAGGUGCGUUGCCAGUGAGCAGUGACCUACUGCCCCUUUCUUGUACUUUUGUCCAAAUUUCCAUUUCUGGAGUGUCACCCCACCACUCACUGUCUUCCUGGAGCUAUGCUGAAAAUCACGGACAGGCUUCCAUCUCUCAGAAGCUCCUCACUUUCAUUAAUAAGUGGCUUCCCCCUCUCUGGGCCGCGCCUUCUCCCACUUUGCUGCACGUGCACCCCUCAGAGGUUCCUGUCCACGGCCCCCUGGAUGCGCAGCUCACGGGGUAUCCGUUUGCCCACCUGCCACGGGAGCCCGGAGAGUGGGGGGCACAGAGUCCUGCCGCCUGUCAUGCCCUCUCUCUUCACCUUAUGCACUUUAACCCUGAAGCUCUGGAUGAAGAAAAGUGAUGAGAAAACACGGACAGAGGAAGCAUGAGCGCUGGGAGUGCGCGGGGACGAACCCGCGUCCGCCGGGGCUGCAUGCGCGCAGGGACGAGAGCCGCGCGUCCUUACGGCUCGCGGUCCCUGGGGUGGGGUGUCUGCCGAGCCGACUCGGAGCCGGGCAGCCUGCGUCCUGGGCUGGGAGUAGCGCCGGCUGCCUCCGAACUUAGCCUUAUCCAGCACGGGCUGUUAGUCGGGGUUUGUCGUGCUGUCAUUUAGUGCGCUCUCAGUGUAACGCGGAAACGUCCCUCGUACUGACAGACUCCUUCGCGCAGCAGGUAAACUGCCCGUUCCGGCGAAUCUGAGCGCGGUUCACACGGGAUGUGCAUUUACUGGCUCACCCAGCAGAUUCUUGCAGGGCACGGUUUCACGGUGCUGUUCUCUGCUCAGCUCAGCAUUAGAGGUGCUUUUCUCUGGGAGUUGCUGUCAGUUUCAACGGUGAACUUGGGACGACAAGAUCCCUCUUCAGGUCCUUAACCUACUGGCUUCCCUUUGGAAGGAUCGGGUGAUAGGAUUUCACGUCCUUGGACCGAAGGCCGGUGAGAUCACCCAAGGAUUUGCAGCCGCCAUGAAAUGUGGGCUCACGAAGCAGCUGCUGGACGACACCAUUGGGAUCCACCCCACGUGUGCACAG